AUGAAGGACAAUUACCGAACAGUUACCGAAACGCAAGUAAGCAGAAGAGCCACCACCACCACAUCAUCAUCAUUGCUUCAAAGGCUUCGAGAGCACGUCUCAAACUCAAGCCAGUUCUUCGGCGUCUUCACCCUUAUCGUAACCAGCGCCAUUUUGCUCUUCUUAACGGGCCUAACUGUCAUAGGAGCCAUAAUGGGCUUGAUCCUGUUUUCGCCACUCAUCAUCGUGACCAGCCCAAUAUGGGUCCCGUUUUUCACCCUUCUGUUCCUCGUAACAGUAACGUUCUUCUCCAUGUGCGGGUUUGGGGUGGUUGUUGUGGCUGGCCUCACUUGGAUGUACCGUUACUUCAGGGGACUUCAUCCGCCCGGUUCGGAGCGUCUAGAGCACGCGCGGAACCGGAUUUAUGACUGUGGAGGGUAUUUGCAGAAGAAGAUGAUGGAUGCUGCGCCUGGAGCUUGA